AUGGACUGUGCGAUAGAAGACGAAACAAAUUUUAUACUAGAUAAUGAUGAUUUAAAUGAUAUAGAAUCCUCAGAAAAUUUUCAAAAGUUUAUACAUGAGCUUUUUGAGCGAAAUGGUGUACUGAAUGACCUCAGAGCUUAUUUGCGAGGACACAUAGUGAACGUUUUAAAAAGUACGGAAACAGGGGAUCCUCUAACUUGCCAGAAACAUUUUACUCAACGCUUGGAAUUAUCAUAUCAAGCUUUAAAUAUACUUAUAGCAGAAUAUUUACUUAGAUUAGAGUUUAGUUACAGUUUAUCAGUGUUUAUAUCAGAAAUACCUCUAUCGAAUAUGGUGUUUGAGUUUGCUAGAACAAUACUUAAAGCUGCGGACACUAAUUUAACAGGACUUCGUUUUGGUGAAUGCGAUGUUUGGUCUAUUUUAAAUUACUUAGGUAUAAAAUGUGAUUCAGAGCAUGCAUCUAAAAUUGUCGAGUUAUACAAUUCAAGUCAAGAAUCACCUCUCUUAUUAUGUAUUCUAAAAUGUCUAAAAUUAUAUGAAAAAACACCAAUUAAUAUUGAACCAAGUCAUACAUCUGAUGAAAAUGUAUCCAGUGAUAAAACUACAGAUUUGGACACCGAAGAUGAGAAAAAUAAAAAAAGGAUACAUAAAAAUAUGUUAAAUAAAUGUAAACAUUAUGCAUUUUGCAAAACUUGUCAGAGCAAAGUGAAAAGGUUGAAGAGUAGAUAUGAAAAGAAACGAAAUAAAUUAGAAAAGAUGUUCGAACAAGUAAAAACAGUGUAUGAAGGAGAGGUAGAAAUGAUGAAGUCAGAUGAACAAAAGAAAAUAAAGCGUUCAAUAGCGAAACACGCGCUGGAGUUGCAGCGACAUAAAGAACAGCUAGAAGAGUCAUACCGAGCCAAAGUAGAGAAGUUAGAAGAGAAUGUGAAACAGAAGAAGAAGUUCUUGUGGGGUCUGGCGCGGGCGCUGCGGGACCAACACCAGAGCAUGGCCACCGCCAUGAUGGACGUUAAGUUAGAAACUGAGAGAUUGGUAGAAAAGGAAAACAAUCUGAAAAAACAGUUAGAAGAAGCUGAAAGAAUGCUUAAAAAUAAAGGCGAGAAAAUGCACAACCAAAUAGUUCAAGAAAUAAAAAUAUUAGCCGAUCACUUACAGUCUAUGAAGACGGAGCGAAAAGCGUUAGACAAAGAACGAACCGAUUUGGAUAAUCUAAAACAAGUGUGUGACAAAAAUGAUAGGUUUCUAGCAGAAUAUAAAGAUAGCAAAGAAGAUUUGAAAUUACAUUACGUUUCAUUGAAAGAAGAACUAAACGUUCUAAAGAAGUGUAUAGAAGAUAAAGCAGAGUCUAAAUGUGUAGUAGAGAAAGGCACGGGAAUGGAAGAGGGGAAUGGAGGAGUGAAGAGUUUAAUGAAUAAUGGAGUUAGUGUGAGAAAUGAUGAUUGUGAAGAUGAUAAACUUAAACAUCUAGUGAUCAAUGAUUUUAAAAAGAAGAAUGUUAAUUUUAGUAAGUCAAAUCAAGAACUGAAACGUCAAUCUUCUAGCAGUGAGACGGAUGUGCAAGAAGCGAGUGGCGCCCACACUUUGCGGGCACUGAGAGAAGAGAAUGAGAGACUGAAGAAGUUUGCUGUUCAGCAAAGCGAACACAUAGACGCGUUGUCCCGGGAGAGGAACGCGCUACAACACCGAGUUUCCAGAGCAUUCCCUGCUACAUUCAUACCUCAGUACUUCAAUACUAACAGAGUGCGUCUCGCCGGGGGAGAGCAAGCGAGCAAGUCCGCCGAGCAUGUGCCCUUCAUCGGGAAGGACAGACACAUGGAUAGUAAUCGUCGGUAUUUAAUAAACCAAUGGCGUGCACUUGGACACCGGCCGCCCUCCGCCGCGACUCAUACAAAUGUACCAACUCCUGAACAAAUCGUACAAUCAGCUCCAGAAUGCAUCCCUGAAAAUAAUAUUUCAGAUAAUAUUGAGAUUGAUGAUGAUGAUCGACGAUCCUUACAGACGAACAUUAGUGAAGUUGCUCCAGCAAGCCCUGUCGUGAAUAUAAACAAACCAAGAGAAAAGAGUCCUAAAUCUGUCUCAAGAGAGGCGAAGGAAAAAAUACGGAAUAACAGUACAACAGAGCAUCCGCCGAUAUUUCGAGAUAAGAGCCCAAAUGCGACCCUUCGAGAAGCAAAAUUGAGACUUAGGAAGUUGGAAAUAGAAGCCGAAGCCGUGGAGAAGUCUUACUUGGACUUUAAGAAACGACAAUCUGAACUAAAACUGUCGAAGAGCAAUGUGACUGUGUCUAAUGAAGCGAUAUUAGAUGAAGUUAAACGUUUAAAUAUAAAGCAAGGAAAAAUUCAGCAAAAGUUUAAAGAAAACUAUAAAAUAUGUGACAUAAGUCUGAAGGAAUCACCGGAAUUAAUAAAAAAAGACUUCGAUAAAUAUUUACGUGAAUAUCAAACUAAAUAUGAUAUCGGUCGAAUACAUUUUCCUAACAAAAAUGCAAUACUUCAAAAAGUUAAACCAAUACCGUCGUCUUAUACAAAAUUCAAUGAUAAAGUUAACAAAGAUGCGAAAAAUCCCAACUAUUUAGAAACACCAAUAACUGAGUUUAGAAAGUUUUAUCAAAAUGGCAAUUCUGAUAGGAUUAUAAAUAAUAAUUUAAGCGACGUCGAACAAAUUUAUGAAGAAAACAAGGAAUAUCAAAAAAGAAGUCCAAACACGAAAUGUAACGAACGUGCCGAAUUAGAAAUAUUAAGAGAUGAUAUUAAUAAAACUAAUAAUAUUACUAAAGGGUUACCUGAACUUGUAGUUCCUGUUGAAAACAAUGAAGAAAUUCACCAGUUAAAUAUUAAACAAGACAUAGGAAUCGAAAAUAAUGUAAGCAAUAUAAAACUAGAAAGUCUUGAGAGCACUGCAGUAUUAGAAGAUAAAAACAAAGUAUCAGAAGGUAUAAGUAUUAAAGAUGUAGUUAUUAAUUUAUCUGAUGAAAUAUUGAACUUAGAACAAAAAACUGAGAAAACAAUUGAACACUUACAAAACAAUGUAGAAUUAAAUGAUUUAAAAACAAAUACACUCGAAAAUGAUGAUGCGAUUCAAAACAAGGAAAAUCUGUUAAUAGUAGAAAUUGAAAAUGUACGCGAUGAAAACAGUAUACAAGUGACUAAAUCUAACGAUUUAUUACUAAUAGUUGAAAGUGCUAUAGAUAACAGAGAGAUAGAAAACCAAAAAAAUAAUGAAAUAUCGCCUCAAAUGACCAUCAUUAUCAGUCCCAAAACACCUAAAAAUAUAGAUAUUAAUGAAAAUAAAAUGAGCUCUCCAAAAAAAAUAGAAAAGAUAACAUAUCUAUAUAAUAAUACUUCAAACGCAAUUUUUCAUCCGAAAGAUGAUGUACCUAGUGUAGAAUUAUCAAAGAAAUCGGAAGAUUCAAGUAAAAUAGAGAAUAAUAGUGAAGUAUAUGGAGACGAUUUCUCCGCAGACUUCGGCAACAGCUCUCCCAUCUCUCUGCCGAAACAGUCCGAACUGGAUGAUGACCACUUUUGGGAUUCU